AUGAACGCCAUUGUGCGCUUUAAUGAAGUCUCCAAUGGUGGUCUUGACAUAUUCAAUUGUGCACCUAUGAAUAUCAUCAUUCACAACUCUAGCUUCAAGACCAGCUUCAUUCCAAAUGAUAGCCAGAAGAAGGGCUUCUGGGGCCAGGUCCCGAACCUUAAUCUUGAUGAUCUCCAAUUCUCGUUGAGGAAGCUCUGA